CACCAAAAACACUUUUCUUUAGUUAUUGUACAGCAAAAAAAGGAUCCGAAAAUUAAGAUAAAAAUCGAAAGCAUAAAUUAAAUUAAAUAUUGACUACCCGACGUGUUUGACGUGACCAACCGAUGAGUUUGACAUGCCUGACAGUGCAUUGUCAAAGACAAAAUACCAAUAAACUGGCGUUAAACGUGACAAAGCUGUGACGAGUACGCAAACAAUUUUUUUAAUUUGUUCAACAAAAAAAAUAUUAUAAAAAUGCUAGAAAAUGUAAAAAUAAAUCGUGGACAAAAUUUAAAACAGACCGUUGAUACGGUAAGGGUUAAAAUGGACGGAAAAGGAUCUCGACCUGCCGAGCAACGUGUUGCCAAAAUUCUGCGACACUCGGUACCGAUCGUUAGACGGGAACGGUUCUUCCGCUCACCAGUGUCCGUUCUGUGUUGAAGCUAAUAUUUUAGGUGAAAUAAUCAAGUUUAAAGAGUUGUCCUAUACUGGCAAUCUAACAAUUGGGAAGUUAAUCAGUGCAGUUGCAGUUAACGCUUAAAGAUGCUUUCCUCGAUCGGAUCGUACCUACCUUGGAGCAGCCCUCAGCAGCCAUUUGAAAGCCCCCUUUCCGAAGUUACGUUCACCAUUAAUGGGAAAACGUAUACAGCGAGCGCUGAGAGCGUCCCGGUGGACACAUCCUUGAACGCGUUCAUCCGAAACCAUGCUCACCUUACCGGUACCAAGUUCAUGUGUCUCGAGGGUGGAUGCGGUACGUGCGUUGUGAACGCGUCCGGACUCCAUCCCGUUACCAAGGAGAAUAAAACUUGGUCCGUCAACUCGUGCCUGUUUCCCGUGUUCGCUUGUCAUGGGCUGGACAUCAAAACGGUGGAGGCUCUCGGUAACCGAACGGACGGGUACCAUCCGAUACAGGAACGGUUGGCCCAUAUGAAUGGUAGCCAGUGUGGCUACUGCUCCCCCGGCAUGGUUAUGACCAUGUACAGCUUGAUGGAAUCGAAGCAGGGUAGCGUCACGAUGGAAGAGGUCGAGAACGAGCUCGGUGGCAAUAUCUGCCGUUGUACGGGGUAUCGACCGAUUCUGGAUGCGUUUAAGUCGCUCGCAUCUGUGACGGAUAAGGAGCUACCGGACAUAGAGGAACUCCAGAUUUGUCCGAAGACGAAUACCGCCUGUUCGGCAAAGUGUCCGCAGGCAGCUAAUCUGAUCGUGCCGGGAUGUCCCGUACAGGUGGUGGCCAGCGAUGAUAAGGAGUGGCACAAAGUGUACACGCUGGCGGAAAUAUUCGCCAUCUUUGGUAAGAUCGACAAAAGGCCGUACAUGCUUGUUGGAGGAAACACGGCACAUGGUGUCUAUCGUCGCAGCGAAUCCUUGCAGGUCUUUAUCGACAUUAACUCGGUGGAGGAGCUGAGGAAUUAUUUCCUCCGAACGGGAGAGCUCGUCGUCGGUGCAAAUGUUACAAUCACUGAGUUUAUUGAAAUACUAACCAAGACGGCCAACAACAGACCAAACUUUAGCUACUGCAGAGAGAUCGCACGCCAUCUGGGUCGUAUUGCAAAUCCUGCGGUGCGCAACGCUGGAACGGUGGCUGGAAAUUUGAGCAUCAAGAACAAAUACCCUCAAUUUCCGUCCGACAUUUACAUUCUGCUGGAAGCUGUUGGUGCGAAAGUCAUAAUAGCCGACUCAUUAACCAAGGUCCUGGAGAAAUCGGCACAGGACUACGCACAGACGGACAUGACGAAGAGAUUGAUUAAAUUUAUAUCACUUCCUCUUAUCAACACGUUUACCACCACGUUCAAAUCGUACCGAGUAGCUCCACGUGCCCAAAACGCUCAUGCCUACGUCAACGCAGCCUUCCUGGUGCAAUUUGCUAAAGAUAAAUCGACUAUUAAGUUGGCCACACUGUGUUUUGGUGGAAUCAACCCUAAGUUCACACACGCAUCCCGCACGGAAAAGCUCCUCAUAGGGAAAAAGCUCUUCGAUGCCGCCACCAUCCAGCAAGCGAUCGGCAGCCUAGCUUCGGAGAUACAACCCGACUGGGUGCUACCGGAUGCGUCAGUCGAGUAUCGCAAGAACCUUGCCAUUGCUCUCUUCUACAAAUUUCUUCUCAGUGUCGCUACCGACAACAAUGUGCCACUGAAUCCUCGGUUCAAGUCUGGAUCCACUAUGCUCGAGCGUCCGCUAUCAUCCGGACAGCAGAACUACGAUACGAACAAGAAAAAUUGGCCCGUCACGAAAUACGUCCCAAAGCUGGAAGGCUUACGGCAGGCGUCCGGUGAGGCCAAGUAUGCGAACGAUUUUCCACCCUUUCCCGGCGAGCUGUAUGCGGCGUUCGUCGUUGCAACGCAGCCGAAUGCGACGAUCGGCAAGAUUGAUCCUACGGAUGCAUUGAAACUGCCCGGAGUAGCGGCAUUCUUCUCCGCGAAAGAUAUCCCCGGCACGAACAACUUCAUGUCCAGUGCCAUGAACUUUUACUUCCCGGACGUGGAGGAGAUCUUCUGCAGUGGACGGGUGCUGUUCCACGGCCAGCCGGUCGGUGUGAUCGUGGCGGACCGUUUCGAUCAAGCAAUUCGGGCCGCCAAGCAGGUGAAGAUCAUUUACGAACGAGUGUCCGAUGAACCGGUCUGUCCUACGCUUAAAGCUGUUCUGAUGAAUCAAGCAAAGGAGCGUAUUGUCGAUCGACCGGCCAGCAGCCGCGAGGGACCACAGAUAGACCUGGCAGUGUCGAAACAAAUUGUAGGUACGCUGGAGCUAGCGGGACAAUACCACUUCACGAUGGAACCGCAAACGUGUGUCUGCGUCCCGAUAGAGGAUGGUAUGGACAUCUACGCCGCAACGCAAUGGAUCGAUCUGUCCCAUGUGGCGGUAGCGGCCGCCCUAAAAGUACCUCAAAACAGUCUUAACUUUACCGUCCGACGUGUUGGAGGCGGGUUCGGUUGUAAGCUAACGCGCGUAAGUCAAAUUGUUUGCGCCUGUGCUUUGGCUGCGCAUCUUACCAAACGGCCGGUACGGUUCAUCAUGAACAUCGAGGCUAACAUGGGUUCGAUCGGGAAGCGGUACGGUUGCGUCAGCAACUACCAGGUGGAUGUGGACGCGAAGGGAAAGAUUCUAAAGCUCACCAACAACUUCAUGCAGGACUACGGUUCGAAUCUGAACGAAAACGUCAUCGAUGACGCGAAGGUUGUGUUUGGACUUUCGUACAAUUCUAGCGCAUGGAAGGUGGAGGGCAAAGCCGUACUUACCGAUGCACCAUCGAGCACUUGGAUGCGUGCACCGGGUACUACGGAAGCGAUUGCCAUGAUUGAGACGAUCAUGGAACACAUUGCCUGGGUGACCGGCGUUGACCCGAUGCAGGUGCGGCUGAGCAAUAUGCCCGCGGAAAGCAAACUGCAAAAGCUGAUGCCCCAGUUCCGGCAGGAUGUGGAGUUCGACAAGAGGAAAAAGUUGAUUGACGAUUUUAAUGCGAAGAAUCGGUGGCGCAAGCGAGGCAUCGCUAUGAUCCCGAUGCAGUACCCGCUGGUACAUGUUGGUGCGUUGCAUGCGCAGGUGUCCAUCCACGCGAACGACGGUACGGUAUCGAUCAGCCAUGGAGGGAUUGAGGUGGGGCAGGGUAUUAACACCAAGGCGGCUCAGGUUGCUGCCUUCACGUUGGGGAUUCCGUUGGAGACUAUUUCCAUCAAACCAUCGAACAGCAUGACAUCUCCGAACGCUGUUAUGACGGGAGCAAGUAUGACCAGCGAGGUCGUAUGCUUGGCCAUUAAAAGGGCUUGUGAAAUUCUCAACACCCGUCUGCAACCCGUUAGGAGCGAGCUUAAAAACGCCAGCUGGGAAAAGAUUACUCAAACCUGCUACAUUCGGGACAUCGAUCUGAGCGUGCUGUACCAGUACAAGAAGUCGGAUCUGAAGCCCUACAGCAUCUGGGGGCUGAGUUGCGCCGAGAUGGAAGUGGAUAUACUUACCGGUAACGUACAACUGACCCGUGUCGAUAUACUCGAGGAUACCGGUGAGAGCAUCAGUCCCGGUAUCGAUGUGGGCCAGAUCGAGGGAGCGUUUAUCACGGGGCUCGGCUACUGGCUGACGGAGUCGCUCGUUUUCGAUAUGACCAACGGUGCGCUGCUGACGAACCGUACCUGGAACUAUAAGCCACCGGGCGCGAAAGACAUUCCGGUGGACUUCCGCAUUCGACUGAUACAGACCGGUGACAAUCAGGGUGGUGUGUUGCGAUCGAAGGCGACCGGUGAACCAGCGAUGACCAUGACCGUCGUACUGCUGUUCGCACUGAGAUAUGCCCUUCGAUCGGCUCAAAAAGAUGCCGGACGUCCGGAUGAUUGGAUUCCGCUCGGAUCGGCUUCGACUCCGGAGCAGAUAUUCCUCAAAGCAUCCAACAACUUCGAGCAGUUUAAGCUGCAGUAGAAUUUUUGCAAAUUUAUUAUACUACUUCAUGAGAUUGUAUUGGUGAAGGAAUUUGGUAUGCUACAUAAUAGCCAAGGGAAAUGGGGGAAAAAUAUUUAAAUAAAAAAGCAUAUUUGAAAAAAUAUAAUUCUAAACCCCCUCUUCUAUCUCACCUAUACAAAGCAUCCGAUCAUGAUGGUGGUGGACAUUGGAUAAAAAAAGCGUAAUCAACGCUCCGGUCCCAUCGACGCGUGUCGACGCGCGAUAAACGUUGCAUGUACUCAACAAUGAUACGCAGAAAUUGUUCAGUCCCCACCAACAGAUACGGACCAUUACGAGGCAGAAAACCCAACCCAUCUCCGUACGUGUUGUCGGA